AUGCCAACGGAGGAGAACAGAGCUCCAGUGGACAGGACAUGGACGAAGUCCAAAAUUAUACAACACCGGACCAAAAUAUGCAAAUUGACGUUGACGGGAAUCCAAGAUCCCGAUGUCCCUUCGCCGGCGAGGAAUAGGACGAGAAGCUUCGGUUGGCCAAAGCUUUGGAAGAUGGUGGAGGGAAAUGACAGAUCUGGAACGAGGGAAGGAGAUGGGUGUGAGGAGAAUGGUAGCAGGGAUGACCGUAAAGUUGAAGAAGAGAGGCGAGAGAUCCGUCCUCAAGAUCUCUGCAGAUCCAUUCUGUCACCGGAGGAGCAGCACGGCCGAGCAGCAAAAAGAGAUAAAAAAAGUCUCGUCGGUAAAGAUAUCACCGGCGGAAAGAGAGUCAUAGUCAUCGGACGCCAAGUCGGAGCCCGGGAAAAAGCAAACCACGCUCCAAUUUCAGGAGAAGAACCACCGGUGAAGGGGAUUCAUCCCGAAAUCAGAGCAGAGCAACGGUGGGAAAUGGAGGACGGCGGACCUUGGGAAGCGUGCCUGGGAGGAUAA